AUGAAUUUAGUCCAAUGUCUUGAAGAAUUUGGUAAGUAAAUCAGUUUUAUUUGUUUUAUCUUUCAGUUCUCUACUCUAGUCAAGUGAUUCGCCAUUCUUUUGGGGUUUUCAACGUGAAACCACAGCAUGUUUGUUAUUUUCCAUCCGAAUUUUGGGAUAAAUGUCGGAUUUUCAUUGGUCGAAAUGAAGAAACUGGAGGUCUAAUUGGAGCAUUUCGAGCUAGUGUUCUCGAUUAUCUCGUCAAGGAUUUCUUUGAUAGCCUCGACGAAAUUCUAACUCAUCGACGAUGGAGAACCAUUCUUCAAUCUGAGGUCUCAUUAGCUGCAGAUUCUCACUUCUUUGAACGGAUGUUUAUAAUCAGAGGUCUCAUUGAGAUCCGGGAAAGCAGGUUUAUGCGGUUUUGUGAAGAAGAUAUUGGUUUGGAGACUCUUCAGAGAACCAUUAUCGACGAUUUCCUCUGGAAAAGAGAGAUAAAGGAUCGUUUGGUAAUCCGGGAAAUCCGGAAGAAUAUUAUUUCAGAUGAGUAAGAUAAUUUAUUAUUUUUGUAUUAAAGAUUUUGGCUCGCAUUACAGUGACAUCUUUUCCAGGAAAUUCCAAAGAGUAUUUUCGUCAAUUGCUACCAAUAUAUUUGAAGAAUACAGCUACGAGUUCGGAUGUUCGCCAUGCCAGAGGAAUGAAAUCUGCAGAAAGCAUUCAUUUGUGUUCCGGAAGUUUAAAAAAUUACCGCAUUUGGUGCAUCGAACGAUAUUGUAAGUCUUUUUGAAUGUUUUUGAUUCAAGGUUUAGAGAGAAGGUGCACAAAUCUGAUAUUCUGGUACUUAGAACUGCAUCCGAAGAAGGUUUAUGUAUUUCCGACGAUUGUAUGGUAAAACGAAAAGUUUCAAUUGAAUUAGAUGAUAAAGUAAGUUUCUAUUUGAUUUUUUAGUAUUUAUUUUUAGGGGCGUUUCAAAUUUGUCUUGAAUCCUUUUGUAUCCUGGAGGCUUGGAUUCGACUCAAAAUUUAUUUCGAUGCAUUUCACUGAGGCCCAUAUUCCGUUACAUCUCGUUGAAGUUGAAUUGGAAGGUGUGAAGGAAUUUGGCGAGGAAAUAAUUCGAUUUAUUAACAACAAUCAAGUGGAAUCCCUAAGUUAUUCUCUGCAAUCCUUAUCAACACGAUCUUCAAUCUGGCAGAAAGAAGUGGAAGAUAUUCUUUGGGAGAUUAACCUUUACUUGGAUAAUAUGAAUAAUUUAAACGUGGUUAAAUUUGAGAAAGAUGCCCGAAGACGUCCGAAGGAGAGCUGGCUUUUAAACGGGUUUAGGAAAGAGGUCACCCAGUAUAAUAUUGUAUUUGUACGGAUAGAAUAG